AUGGCUUCUGCCCUAGAACUGCAUGGACACCAGCAAAGCACCAACAGAAAGUUGUGUUUCUUGCAGUGCCAGAUCUUGUCCCCUUCCAUAAGCUUCAGGACUCUAUGGAUGCUGAUUCUCACUGGAAUGAGCCGGGCAGCAGAAAGUGUGAGCUGCCCAAAGGAGUGCAGUUGCCAGUACCUGGCUGUGAACUGCACAGGAAAGCAGCUGGAAGAGUUUCCUGCCACCAUCCCACUGGAUACUAGGCAGCUGGUUCUGGCUCAAAACAAACUUAGCUAUUUGCCAUCAAUGGAACUAAACUUUCUCAGUGACUUGAUCUACUUAGACUGCAGCAGCAACAUCUUAGGGGAGGAUCUGGAUUUCAUGUUUGUCAGCAUUAUUAAGUUGGUCUACCUGGACCUUAGCUUCAACAACCUUACGCAGAUAACAUUUGGUACCUUUUCACAGCUCACUAGCCUGGUUGUCUUAAAGCUUUCAGACAAUCCUAGCCUGGUUGAGAUUGAAAAGGACUCUUUUGCCAAUAAUAGCUGGCUCAGGCACCUUGAUGUGAGCCGCUGCAGCUUGGCGUUCAUUGACACAAGCACCGUCAAGGACCUGCCCAAUCUAAGAAGUUUGGGCUUGAGUGGAAACCCCUGGUUCUGUAACUGCUCCUUCAUGGAACUGUACAGCUGGAUGAAAGAGAGUGGGAUCACUAUUCCAGACCCUGACAAUGUCACCUGCUACAGCCCAGUUUUUAUGCAUGGCUUGAGGAUGCUGGAAGAAGCACAAAAAGAGCUCCAUUACAAGUGCUACAUCCAUUUUGAUGACCAAGACUAUCUGUUCUUGGGGCUGGUUGGCUUCUGCAUUUUCUCUGCUGCAACUGUGCUGGCCUGGCUCUUAGGACUGUGCGCAGUGAUCUAUGACUUCUUAACUGCCACUGGGGAGGAGGAUGAAGAUGAGGAUGAAGAAUAAAGAGCUCCCUAUACUUCACUUCUGAAAUAUGACUUGUUGACAGUAUAGCCUGUUUGUUUACACCAGUGGUUCCCAACUCUAGGUCUGCAAGACUUGCAGGGAAAUUCAGCUCUAGGUUAUUAAAUACGGUUUUCUGUGGGUGAGCAGAUGGUGACUACUGGAUGGCAUUAUGUUCUGUAUCAGAAAGUAGAGCUGAUAUGGUUUAUCCAAUGCAAUUUUUCGAAUCAGCACCCCAAAUAAUCAAGUUGGCCAAAAACUGAUUCGUACUAAUGUUGGAGAGUAGUCCCUGGUCAAGUGGUCCCUGGUAAAAACAAAAGGUUGGGAACCACUGGUUUACACAGACAGUAAAUCCCAUAGUGUUCUGUGAAAUUUACUGAAGCUGCAUUCCUAACCUUACCAGUUGGUAAGUCUUUUGAAAGGCAGUAGAGUUUACUUCUGAAUGAACAAGUAGAAGAUGAUUCUGCUGAAAAGUUGCAGCCCUCUACAAGUCUACACAGAUGUAAUCAUAUUAAAUAGAGUGA